AAUUUAUAAAUGGUCGUAGCAGAAAAGAGACUGAUUGACGAGUAAGAAAUCCAUAUUAGAUUAGAUAUUUCAAGGUUGAAGAUAUUGACCAGGCUGGAUAGUCAUUCAAAAGAGUGUCAAGAAUAAAAUGUAAAUCAAAAUCAGGGGAAGUGGAUAUGGAAUUGGAUGUGAAUAUCGAUAUCUACCCUAUUGACAAAGGCAGUGAAUACAGAGUCCUGAUUGUUAGAUCCUUGGGAAUAUCUCAAGAAAUGGAUUAAGUAAAAUUGUUCAUUAAGGUUAGGGUAAAUAUAAGCCGGAAUUUUCACAAAUCGACAAUGAAUUGCUGGAGAAAUUUCAAUAUGCCAUGUUUGGUCGAGUGUUCAAAAUGAUUAAGGAUCAAAAUAAAAUGAUCAAUGUUUUUGCUUCCUUUGGUGGAUUGAUUCUAAAGCUGAGUGGUAAAUCUGAAGAACUUGAUAAAUUUGCCGACGAUUAAAGAGUGUAUUUAUUAAUGAGAAAGGCAUGAGAAGA